AUGUCGGCAGAAGCGCUGGCUACACUGCUGGCCCAGCCAGCUCUCCCAGCACCACCUGGUGUCACACCGAAUUUUGACAACCCACCGAAAAGCAAUACUAUCGCAUGGGUAGUGACGACCUUGUGUUUGGUGGUCGCCACAAUAUGCCUGUCUUUACGUUUGUUUGCUCGAGUGUGGCUGGAGAAAAAGAUGCGCGCGGAAGAGGUUUUGAUGAUUUGCGCAUACGGCGCCUAUUGCGGGACUGCCUAUGUUGGCUAUGCAUGGAUCUAUUCCCCGGGAUACUUCGUUCAUACCUGGAACUUGCGCAACGAAGACCUCAUUCGACCGCUCUACGUAUAAUAUUUGUCCAUUUCAACUGCGCUCAAGACCCCUUUUGGUGGGGCUGCAUGGCUAUCAUAUGCCUACAAUGCACCGCACGAAGCAAUCUGGAAAUCCUACCUUCCAAGCACAUGCUACCCUCUCCCCGACGUGAUGCUCACAUCCGCCAGCAUCCAAGUGGCUUCCGACAUAAUAAUGUUCUUGCUUCCGCAAAGAAUCAUCUGGCGUUUACGGAUUAAUUGGCAAAAGAAGAUUGGAGUUUUCAUCAUCUUCAGCGCGGGUAUACUUGCCUCAAUUGCUGCCUGUCUUCGCUUAGCUCGUACAGUCUCCCUCUCCAGAUCGUCCGAUAUGAUCUAUCUCAUUGGACCAUUGCUAUUCUGGGCUUGCGCCGAAAUGACCUGCGGCUUUUUCAUCUUCAGCAUGCCGUGUCUUUCAAAGCUGAUUAUAGAAUCUGGACUUCCUCGCCGGGUGAAGAAAUCUCUUGGCUUUAGUCCCAAAUCUAGUCAGCCUUCACAGGAAAAUUCGGAUCCACCAGUCCCCUCAGCUCGAUCUAGUCGGUUAGGAUCUCAUCCAAUGAAGCCUCCGUUGGAUAUCGAUGCAUUAUGGCCUGAAACUGAAGGGGGUGAUAUUGACCUGGAGGCUUUGAGGGGCUAUAGUUUUAAAAAGUCUUCAUCGCGUCCGUAG